GCUCCGCGCCACCAUGUCGGGCAGCAGCGGCGGCGGCAACAGCAGUGGCAGCAGCGCGGUGAAGAAGAGGAGCCCGGCGGGCUCGGCCUCCUCGCUGGCGCAGGAGGAGGACAAGCAGGCGAUGGAGAAGAUGCUGGAGGCGGCGGGCGGUGGGGCGCAGGAGAACGGCUGCGCCCGCUCGCCCUCGCCCUGCGGCUCCGCCGAGGGCGAGGGGGUGACCCUGCAGCGCUCCAUCACGCUGCUCAACGGCGUGGCCAUCAUCGUAGGCACCAUCAUCGGCUCCGGCAUCUUCGUCACCCCCACCGGCGUGCUGCGGGAGGCCGGCUCGCCGGGGCUGUCGCUGGUGGUGUGGGCCGUGUGCGGGGCCUUCUCCAUCGUGGGUGCUCUCUGCUACGCUGAGCUGGGUACCACCAUCACCAAGUCCGGCGGGGACUACGCCUACAUGCUGGAGGUGUACGGCUCCCUGCCCGCCUUCCUCAAGCUCUGGAUAGAGCUGCUCAUCAUCCGGCCCUCCUCGCAGUACAUCGUGGCUCUGGUCUUCGCCACCUACCUGCUCAAGCCCAUCUUCCCCACCUGCCCGGUGCCCAACGAGGCUGCCAAGCUGGUGGCCUGUCUCUGCGUCCUGCUCCUCACAGCAGUGAACUGUUACAGCGUGAAAGCUGCUACUCGUGUUCAGGAUGCCUUUGCUGCAGCAAAACUGCUGGCGCUGGCUCUGAUCAUCAUUCUUGGCUUCGUGCAGCUUGCAAAGGGGGAUGUGACAAACCUGACUCCUGAGCACUCCUUCAAAGGCACAAAAGCAGACGUGGGGAACAUCGUGUUAGCUUUGUACAGUGGUCUCUUUGCCUAUGGAGGAUGGAAUUACUUGAAUUUUGUUACAGAAGAGAUGAUAAAUCCCUACAGAAACCUGCCCCUGGCUAUCAUCAUCUCGCUACCUGUAGUCACUUUGGUUUAUGUGCUGACAAACUUGGCUUAUUUCACGACCCUUUCGACGGACCAGAUGCUGACGUCCGAAGCCGUGGCUGUGGAUUUUGGGAACUAUCACCUUGGCGUCAUGUCCUGGAUCAUACCUGUCUUUGUUGGCUUAUCGUGCUUUGGAUCCGUUAAUGGAUCUCUCUUCACUUCCUCCCGGCUGUUCUUCGUGGGAUCCCGAGAAGGACACUUGCCUUCAAUCCUGUCUAUGAUUCACCCCAGGCUUCUCACUCCCGUGCCGUCCCUCAUCUUUACGUGCGUCAUGACCCUGCUCUAUGCCUUCUCCAACAACAUUUUCUCAGUCAUCAACUUCUUCAGCUUCUUCAACUGGCUGUGCGUGGCUCUGGCCAUCAUCGGCAUGAUGUGGCUGCGUUACAAGAAGCCAGAGCUGGAAAGGCCCAUCAGGGUGAACAUCUGCCUGCCCAUUUUCUUCAUCCUGGCCUGCUUGUUUCUCAUUGCUGUUUCCUUCUGGAUGACACCGAAGGAAUGUGCGAUUGGCUUUGCAAUCAUCUUCAGUGGGAUCCCUGUUUACUUCUUCGGAGUCUGGUGGCAAAACAAGCCCAAGUGGGUUCUCCAAGGCAUCUUCUCUGCAACAGUCCUGUGCCAGAAACUGAUGGAGGUGGUUCCGCAAGAAUCAUAAGCAGGAAAAGCAGAGACAUUCAGCUUGAGGAAACGCACAAUAUUAUUUUAAGACGACACAAGGAGAAGACGCUUCUGAUCCCUCGUAAAUGAAACCUAGGCACUGGAGCAUCCCGUCGGAGCUGCUUCAUGUCUGACACCAUGCCCCCGGCUCUGCCUUGCCUCCUCCAGCCCCUCUGUCACCACCCUUUAGCCUGGCAGAUGAGCAACCCUGCGAUGAGAAGUUCUUGGUACGAACGUGGGCCAGGAGGAGGAAUUCCUGCCGGCAGCUUCAAAGGGGUCCUGCCUGUCCGGCAGCAGCGAGUCUGAUCAGCAUCUGUGUGUGUGUGUGUGUGUGUGAUACUGCGGGCUGUACUUCAGUUCUGUGUAGGUUUACUUGGUUUGGGUCUG